UCCCAGUGGCAUCCACAACGUUCCGUUGCUCCAAUACGUUAAAAUGUCGGGAGGAUUAGAUAUUCUGUCCCUUAAAGAGGACGACAUCACCAAGAUGUUGGUAGCUACCACCCAUUUGGGUUCCGAAAAUGUGAACUUCCAAAUGGAACAGUACGUCUACAAGCGCCGUACUGAUGGUAUCAAUAUCAUCAAUCUUGGCAAGACCUGGGAAAAGCUGAUGAUAGCUGCCCGUGCUAUUGCUGCCAUCGAGUACCCAGGGCGAAUCUGGAUUUCCUUGGUAGACCAAACGCCAUCCGAGAAAUCAUGUUGUAUAAUCCCUAUUUUCUUGGAUGCGACAGUCUUUGCCAGAGUAGACCCUUGUGAAGCUUGCACUUUAGAAUUCAUCGACACCUCUUCGCCUAGACCAGGACUACCCUUGGUUGCGGUCUCCCCGCCUUCGAUCAAGUCGCAAAUCGACGGAGAGAUUGCAGGCACUGACGACGAAGUGUCAACCUCUUUGCUGCCAGCUGGUGCGAAUCAGAUCGCUUCGUCGGCCUGA